UGUGUGUUUUAGUAGCGUUCCGCCUUUUUUCCGCGUCUCCCCUCCCCGGGGCGGGCAUGCGUACUAGUAGAGUGGAAGAGGCUAGAGGCGGGGUGGUGAGGGGUAACUCGAGCACCCGGUCCUUUGAAUCCCGAGGAAACUACAAAACCCAGAAGCUCGCGCGCCAUAUUUGUCGCAGCUGGAGGGGCAGGGUCAGGCGUGCACGGAAAGCUUCGCGGUAUAAUUGGUUAUUUCCGAUUGCGCUGACUUGCUCCAGCAGAUUGCGAUUGGUUACGUUACCUAGAAGGGCGGGGACAAGGAAAGAGUCAGUUCCCCUUGGCCCCGCCUCUUUUCUGAAGAGAGGUUGUGAUUGGUCCAGUGGCGAGGCGGCUGUCGGAUCCUAGCUCUUUGCAGGCUCGGAGGAUGGGCCUUCCUUACCUGGACGCGGGGAGGAAACUGUUCUUUGCCCCUCAAGCGGUGGAGCAGGCCGAGUCCAUCUCAGGCGGUUCCCCCUCAGCGCGCGGCCUAAGCUCCUGGCCCUCGAGCCUUCGUCUCACAGCAUCUGCUUCCUUUUCCUUCACCCCCCUUUCCCUUAAUUCUGGCCCGCAGCCUGUCUGGUUUCAGUUCUUUUCUAAAGCCUGUUUAGAAUGUCCCUAGUCAACCUUGUUGUAGCUGGCCAGGAGACCCCCUCUGGGUGCUGAGAAUCAGGCUAUGGUUGGGACAACAGGAUUAGAAGGACACAGCAUUCCUUCUGCUGUGGGUCUUGGGUCUCUCAGCUGAAGAGACAGCAAGAGAGGAUUCUGGUCUUUUAAAACGAAUCCACUAAUCUAGGUGCAGAGCAUAACACGUAUUUUUGAGUUCCAGAGCUCCAGUCUCUCCUCCCCAAAGUCUCACGACCACGGAGUCAAAAGAUGUAGGGGAAAUCUUGUGACCUUGGAGAGAGAUCACGAAAAUGUCUGAGUCUAAUGAGUGUUCGGAGAACGGGUCAGGUAGUGGAGGUCCAGAGGAAUGUCGGAAUGAUAAUGAGCAACACCGAAGGGGGACGGGGCACUGAGCUGAGUGGAUUCCAAUUGGGUAGAACUGGAGUGGUGACAAUUAGGGGAAGGAAAGCUGGCAAUAGCGGUAUGACAAGGGAAGCAAUGCUAGAGCUCUGAGCGGGUGUGGGUGGGGGGUCCCAUGUUGAGGGGCUGCUGUCUAAGCGUGUAGGAGGGAGUUUAUAAGGCUGGUCAUAGAGGGCUCCUACGGAAUCAGCGUAAGGCCCGAGGUGCGACUGCCACCAGACACCGCCUGCAGGGAGGUGAGGGGCCCAGAAGGGCCAGGGAAGAGCCUGGAGUGCGCCGGAUGGCAGCAGCAGGCUCCUUUAAGAGGCCGGCGGCUCCAGCGCAGCAUCCCCCGCUCAGGGCGUGUCCGUCCCGGGGGGCCAGGGGCGGGGGCCUUGGAAGGAGCGGGAGUUCGAGCAGAGUGGGGACGGGGCUAGGGGUCGGGGGGUGGGGGGAGAAAGCUGGGGCUGACACCCGUGCACCCGGACACCGCACAAGCAUCGCCUGUGGCAGCGCCCCGGGUCCGGUCGAGGGCAGCGGGGGGAGGAGAGAAGGAGGAGGAGAAGGAGGAGGAGGCGGGAGCAGCAUCCGGAGCCGAGCUGCAGCAGCGCCGCCUUUUGUGCUGCGGCCGCGGAGCCCCCGAGGGCCCACCGCCGGCCACCACACCGGGCCCCGGAGGCCAUGGCCUGCCUCCACGAGACCCGCACACCCUCCCCUUCCUUUGGGGGUUUCGUGUCCACCCUAAGUGAGGCGUCCAUGCGCAAGCUCGACCCAGACACUUCCGACUGCACCCCCGAGAAGGACCUGACGCCUACCCAGUGUGUACUUCGAGAUGUGGUGCCGCUCAGCGGGCAGGGUGGGGGCGGACCCAGCCCCUCCCCAGGCGGAGAGCCACCCCCUGAGCCUUUUGCUAAUAGUGUCCUGCAGCUUCACGAGCAGGAUGCAGGGGGCCCAGGGGGAGCCACUGGGUCCCCUGAGAGUCGGGCGUCCAGAGUUCGAGCAGAUGAGGUGCGGCUGCAGUGCCAGAGUGGCAGUGGCUUCCUGGAAGGGCUCUUCGGCUGCCUGCGCCCCGUCUGGACCAUGAUUGGCAAAGCCUACUCCACCGAGCACAAGCAGCAGCAGGAAGACCUUUGGGAGGUCCCCUUUGAGGAAAUCCUGGAUCUGCAGUGGGUGGGCUCAGGGGCCCAGGGCGCUGUCUUCCUGGGGCGCUUCCACGGGGAGGAGGUGGCUGUGAAGAAGGUACGGGACCUGAAGGAGACUGACAUCAAGCACCUCCGAAAGCUGAAGCACCCCAACAUCAUCACCUUCAAGGGCGUGUGCACCCAGGCUCCCUGCUACUGCAUCCUCAUGGAGUUCUGCGCCCAGGGCCAGCUGUACGAGGUACUGCGGGCCGGCCGCCCUGUCACCCCCUCAUUGCUGGUUGACUGGUCCAUGGGCAUCGCCGGUGGCAUGAACUACCUGCACCUGCACAAGAUUAUCCAUAGAGACCUCAAGUCCCCCAACAUGCUAAUCACGUACGACGAUGUGGUGAAGAUCUCCGAUUUUGGCACUUCCAAGGAGCUGAGUGACAAGAGCACCAAGAUGUCCUUUGCAGGGACAGUAGCCUGGAUGGCCCCUGAAGUGAUCCGCAAUGAGCCUGUGUCUGAGAAGGUCGACAUCUGGUCCUUUGGUGUGGUGCUGUGGGAACUGCUGACUGGAGAGAUCCCCUACAAAGACGUGGAUUCCUCAGCCAUCAUCUGGGGCGUAGGAAGCAACAGUCUCCAUCUGCCUGUGCCCUCCAGCUGCCCGGACGGCUUCAAAAUCCUGCUUCGCCAGUGCUGGAACAGCAAGCCACGAAAUCGUCCAUCAUUCCGUCAGAUCCUGCUGCAUCUGGACAUAGCCUCAGCCGACGUCCUCUCCACACCCCAGGAGACUUACUUUAAGUCCCAGGCAGAGUGGCGCGAAGAGGUAAAGCUGCACUUUGAAAAAAUUAAGUCAGAAGGGACCUGUCUGCACCGCCUAGAAGAGGAGCUGGUGAUGCGGAGGCGGGAGGAGCUCAGACACGCCUUGGACAUCAGGGAGCACUAUGAAAGGAAGUUGGAGAGAGCCAACAACCUGUACAUGGAACUUAAUGCACUCAUGCUGCAGCUGGAGCUCAAGGAGCGGGAGCUGCUCAGGAGGGAACAAGCUUUAGAGAGGAGGUGCCCAGGUCUGCUGAAGUCACACCCUUCCCGAGGCCUCCUGCAUGGGAACACGAUGGAGAAGCUCAUCAAGAAGAGGAACGUCCCACAGAAACUGUCACCCCACAGUAAAAGGCCAGAUAUCCUCAAGACUGAAUCUUUGCUACCUAAACUUGAUGCUGCCCUGAGUGGGGUGGGGCUUCCUGGGUGUCCUAAGGGCCCUCCCUCGCCAGGACGGACUCGCCGUGGGAAGACUCGUCACCGCAAGGCCAGCGCCAAGGGCAGCUGCGGAGACCUGCCUGGGCUUCGUGCAGCUUUGCCGCCCCAUGAACCUGGGGGACCAGGAAGCCCAGGGGGGCUAGGAGGGGGACCCUCAGCCUGGGAGGCCUGCCCUCCAGCCCUCCGUGGGCUCCACCAUGACCUCCUGCUACGAAAGAUGUCGUCAUCGUCCCCGGAUCUGCUGUCAGCAGCACUGGGAGCCCGGGGCCGAGGGGCCACGGGGGGAGCAGGGGACCCUGGCUCACCACCUCCAGCCCGGGGAGACACUCCGCCGAGUGAGGGCUCAGCACCUGGCUCCACCAGCCCAGAUUCACCUGGGGGAGCCAAAGGGGAGCCACCUCCACCAGUAGGGCCUGGUGACGUAGGGCUGCUGGGAACUGGAAGGGAAGGGACAGCGGGACGGGGAGGAAGCCGGGCUGGGUCCCAACACUUGACCCCAGCUGCACUGCUGUACAGGGCUGCUGUCACCCGAAGCCAGAAACGUGGCAUCUCAUCAGAGGAAGAGGAAGGAGAAGUGGACAGUGAGGUAGAGCUGACAUCGAACCAGAGGUGGCCUCAGGGUCUGAACAUGCGCCAGUCACUAUCCACCUUCAGCUCAGAGAAUCCAUCUGAUGGGGAGGAGGGCACAGCCAGUGAGCCUUCCCCCAGUGGCACACCUGAAGUCGGCAGUACCAACACGGAUGAGCGGCCGGAUGAGCGGUCUGAUGACAUGUGUUCCCAGGGCUCAGAAAUCCCACUGGACCCACCUGCUUCAGAGGUGGUUCCUGGCCCCGAACCCAGCUCUUCAUCCAUCCCACACCAGGACCUACCCAGAGGGGAGCAGGGCCUUCCUGAGGACUCAGACUGUGACAGCACUGAACUGGACAACUCCAACAGUGGUGAAACCUUGCAGCCUCCAGCCUCCCUCCCUCCAUGAAAGCCACUCUUAUUCCUGUACAUAGAGAAAUAUUUAUAUAAAUAAUAUAUAAGCGCCACAUAAUCAACAGAGAAAGAUGGGGCUGUCCCAGCCUUAAGUCAGGCUCAAGGGAGUCUGACCCCUGACCCAAUUCACCUGAAACUCUAGGGAUACUGGCAGCUGUGGAAGUGAAGGACAAGCACUACCCUAGAGCUGUGGGUGUGGGCAAACUGGCCCCUUCCUGCUUCACCCCAUUAUGUUCAGCAAGCGGUAAGGCAAUAGAAAAUCCAGACUUGCCUCUUAUGUUCCUCUAUACUCUUUCCCCCCUGACCCUGGGGAGGAGGAAAGGGAGCCACUUAGACUGCACCCCCCCCCCCCCCCCCCCGUUUACUCUGUUUACACAUUUUGCACUUGGGAGGAGGGAGGCUAAGGCUGGGUCCUCCCCUCGGAGGUUUCUCAGGUGGCAAUGUAACUAAUUUCUUUGUCCCUCCAUUUCUCUGCCCAAGCCCUGGCUUAGGGCCUAGGGGGAGUUUAGGAGAUUGUGAAAGCAUGUGAUGGCUCAGGCUGAAGAAAUGGGAUGUUGUUUUAAGUCCCUGCUUUUAUCCUGGUGCCUGAUUGGGGUGGGGACUGUCAUAUUGUAAUCCCUGUGAAAAAUCUUAAAAUAUAACCACUCCAUGCAGGCCCAGCUGUUGAGGGUUUUUUUGAUGAAUGUAUGGGGUAGUACACAUGCUCAAGUAGGAGCCUUAGGCUCCAUACAUUAUCUGAGACUCUGGACAAGUUACAAAUUAUUCCCUCCUUUUAUGUGGGGUUUUUUUUUGUUUUUUUUUUUUACUAAAUGAACAUCACUUAAAGUUCCAACCUUCUAAAAUUAUCUGCAAAAAUGGGAACAGGUACAUCUUUCUAAAGGACUUCAGUAAAAGGACAGAAAAUGUUACAACACCCAUUUUUAUGAAGAGAACUGUAAAUGAAUAGUUAUUCAAAACAGGAAAACUGGUCUUUUAGCUUGGCCGACAGGACAGACAUGCCCAGCAACCUGAAUCCCAGUCAGACAUGCAUCCAACUGCUUCCGAAGUAUGCAUGUGCAUCCUUCCUUCCCCACCCCACUGCCCAUCCAGUGGAAGUGCUUGCCUACUCUCUGCAGACAAGUCCUAGGAAAAUUUAACCCCCAAACUUUCGGACAAAGGGCACACAACCAGCUUGCAACAGCUAUUAGGUCAUUUUGCAAUGAAGGCUCAAGGGAACACUGGAUCAAGGGCUACAAAAAAAAAGAUGGAGUGGUAAAACAGAAGAAAACAUCUUAACUGGAAUAAAGCCUUCUAUUCAAAACCCAAGCAGGGUCCUUGUCCUUUGAGGCAUAAGAGGUGCAAAGAGAACGGCAAGACAACAGGAAUAAAACCCACAUGAAUCACUGUGGCAUCCAGUUUCUAUUCACAAAGAAAAAGCUCCAGUCCAUCUUUUAAUUUUUUUGAAAAAUUCCUGACAUUACAGAACUAAACUGAAAUGUAUUAAUAUUCCACUCUUACAUUUCCAUGACAAACAGAAAAAAAAAUUCAUGAGCCAAAAAAAGGGGGGAGGGGAGAAGCUUAUAAAACUAAAUAUGGAUCUCAGCAUUAACAGCUGAACAGAGAAAGGAAUUAAAACGCUUUAAUUAAAAAAUCACGAGUGGAUGAUAAAGUGUGUAGAAACUGAAAAUUUACAAACUAUUUAAAACCUGGAAUCGCUGACUGUUCAGAAACUACACAGAUGGAUCAUGGGUGGUGGUGAACAGCAGAAAGGGAUU